AUGAAGAUUGUCGAGUAUGAGUUCGAGGUGGACGCACCAUGGGAGCUUGCUCUGUUGGCCUACGACCGCAAAUCCUGGGCGGUUCCCUCGCCCGAAUACAAGGAAAUCCUCCGUUGUGACUUUGAUGAAUGGGAAGUCGACCUCGACCUCGAGCUCACCAAAUUCCGGCGAAGCGUGCAAGUAAGCAUGCCCUUGCCCCAAUGGAUCAUGCGCUUCUUAUCCGAUGACACGGACUUUUGGUAUGAAUUCCGUACCAUCAUGGAUCGCAAAAACCGUCGCCUCGACGUUAAAGGUCACAAUGCCUCGUUGCAAAGCCUUCUUUCGACCACCGAGCACAUGGUCAUGAAGGAGCAUCCAGAAAAUCCCAAUAAAUGCGUUCUGACUUAUCACACCACCUGGGACAUCCACUCUAAAUCAUGGGUAGUUCCCAAAUUUGAGACCUUUAUCAGCCGACUCUACUACAAGGCUUUGAAGCGGGGACGGCAAUUGGACAAACGCUACAUUGAUCAAUAUCGAAAAACCUACGAGGAGCAGGAAAUUCCACUCACUCGCUCUGAACGCAAUGGUGCGCUUGUCCAUGCUCAUGCGCCCCACUCUUCCAUUCCAAACCCACUCCGCCUGAACGAUGUCGCUUUUUGA